AUGGUAGCGCCGUUCCCAGGGCCGGUCCUCGCAGACUGGAGCGACUUCGCUGCGUGGAAGCGCGGCUUCCUCGGCGCCGCAGCCACCCGUGGUCUGCGCGAGCUCUACACCGCGAAUGACCCGGCAGUCCCUGCGAUCGACGCGUGCAUCUCGCCUGCCCGGGGCGCAGCGCUCCACGCCGCAGCCGAAAUCGCUGUGCCGCCCGUGCCACAUGGCUUGUCGUUGGCCACGUUUGGCGAAGCUGUGCUCGCGCGCGCACAUGCGAUCGUUGCGCAUGUGGCCGACGCCAUGCAAGCCGAGGCGACGGCGGUUCAAGCCCGCAGUAUGGCAGCGGCUGUGGCCUUUCUGCUCUCGGCGCUAUCGCCACACCUCCGCGACGAGCUCGACGAUGGCAAGUCACCGUCGGUGCUCUGGGCUGAGGUCCAUGCCAAGGGCUACGUACUCAUGGACGACUGCCGCCUCUUUGGUCACCUUGAAGUUGUGCGUUUGGCCGGCAACGACGCGCUGCCCGAUGACCUUACGACCCUCGAGGAGCACAUCCAACGCUACGUUGACGUCAUCUUUGUGCCAAGCCAUGGCUCUGAUGCGCGGCUUGUGGCGGCCGCGGACCGCUUGAAGGUGACGCUGCUCUGCAACGCGUGCCCGCCGGCGAUGGCCGACGUCUUUGAAACCUGGCGCACCGACGAGCCUGCAUGGGACUAUACCUACAUGCGGCGUCGGCUUGUCGAGUACUGGGCGUUGCAGCGUCUCGGCCGCCAGAAUGCUACACCGCCAAAGGCUGGGAUCCGGCAUGCUACAGUCGACUCCACGGCGACAGACGCCACGUUCAGUCCCAGCAGCGCCACCACAGCCAUUGUGCGUGACGUUGGCGCGUCGCAAGGUAUGCAAUAUCGCCUCACAAUAUGA